AUGGAUACCGUCGAGUCUGCGGAUAUUUCGCGCUGGUUGGCUGCGAAAUCACACAUCAGACCAGCGAACCAAGCACGAAGGGGCGGUGAUGUAUCUCCUCAUUCGCCCUUGUUCUCUGGUUCAAACGCAAAAGCUGUGAUGGAGGCAACAGCAGAAACUGCUCCUGCGUCAACCAGCAGCCAUUCAUUCAUCCGCUCCCUUAAUCUGGACAGGUUGUGCGGUGAACGAAACAGCAAGGAACAGGCGCUAAAAUCUCAAAUGAUAAAUAACAACGGAGACGAACCUUACACAGGUAGGAUCAUGAGGUUUCCUGCAAACCGAAAUCGCGACGUCAUGGACUAG